UUUCGUACUAGACCAUGAAAAGCGAAGAGGAAUCUAAAGCUAUAGAGCCACAGCCUAUUGAAUGUCAUAAUGACUCCAAAAAUGUAGUACUUCCUUGGGCGAACGUCGGUCGUUUGAUGAAGAUAUCGGUUCCUAUAGGGACCAAAGUCGCGAGACCUGCGCAAGAAUGCGUCCAAAGCUGUAUUUCUGAGUUUAUUAGCUUUGUAACGGGAGAAUCUAGUGACCUAUGUAUGAAAAAGAAAAAAAAAGUUAUUACGGGAGAUGACAUCAUCAAAGCAUUGAAGUCGUUGGGAUUCGACAACUACGUUCAGCCGCUUCAGAUUUAUCUUGAUAAGUACAGGGAAGCAAGAAAACUAGAGAAGGACAACAGCGAAGAUGAAGAAAGUGAGGAAAGUUAUAUUGACAAGAAAGACACUAAGGAUGUAUCGUUACUUCGGCCGAAUUUUGUAGAAGAAAGCUACUACCUGAAUGGGAAUUGUAUGGAGUAGGAAUUUAAAUGCGGGUUUUUUUUUGGGUCUUUAAAUUCUUCAGAUAAUGGACAUCUUGGUUAGAGGGCGUUUAAAUGAAGUUUUUCGAGUCUGGAGAAGUGUUUGCUGACUGUAUACGGCGGGAAUUAAGUUGUGUUGUGCCGAGGACUUCAGGUCUUUCAGAACUGAUUGUGCGAAUGUUGUAUUGGGUGGCUGUUCGCGUUCUCUAUGGCUAUGUGAAUCAUUUAAAGAAAGACAAGAUAUGUUGAGGUGCAACAUUGAGAAGGAAGCCAUUAUGGGUAUUCUGGCUUAUGAACAUAUUGUGCGUUGACCGGAGAGUCAAAACUUUUUUGGUUUUUGUAUAUCGAUAGUGAGCGUGAGGCAGAUAAAAGGAAGGAUAAUAUAAGAAGUGAAAUGGUACUUCAACCAAAUAGAGAUG